UCGGACUCUUUUAAUGUCAUUAAAGUUCGGCGUUUUGUCGAACCCAAUUUUAUGGUAAAUAUGGCUUUUAAGUUGCUUUCCCAAAUUUCACAAAUAGUGGGUGUCCAGGUGUCUCUCCAUUUCUUAGGAAGAGGGAGGUAAGUUUCGGCUCUGGCAUCCAUUUGUAAUAAAUGGGUUGACUGGAUUCUGAUUAAUGAGCUUUAUCAAUAUAUUUCACGAUACAUAUCGCCCGGAGCCUAACUGAGCUUUAGAAAAAGUAUGCCAGUCCUUAUUUUUAGUCACUCUGGAAAUUGAAAAUAUGUACCUUUAACUUCCAAUAAUGCUCAUAGGUAACACGCAUUUGGAUGUUUUAUAAAGUGCCUUUUUUGGCUAUUGAUAUAACUCCCUAGGGGCACAGUUUCCAUCCAUAUAUUAAAAUAUAAAGCAUUAUUGUAACUCCUGAUCACAGAUUUGAUUAUGAUUAUUUAAUCUUAUAUGCAACAAUCAAUAUUGUGUCAUGUUGACUGAUUGUUUGUAAUUCCAUAAUACGUUAAUUGAAUAGUCUAUCUUGCGAAACGGAUAAACUAAGUCUAAUAGUAAUUAUCAAUUUGCAUUUAAGUUUUCCGUUUGCCUUGUUAUUUGUAUGCAUCGUGACGUUUGUUUUGUACAAGAUGUAGUCGUGCUACAAAAAUGUAUAUAGCAUGUCCAGCAUUUUUACAGUGACACAUUGAAAAAUUAAAGAUGUCUACUAGGCCACAUUUUAAGUAUUUUAAAUGCAACAACUGUGACAAGUUAUGUGCCAUUUGCUGUUUGGAUCGCCAGCCGGAUGGUGGCGUACAAGUCAGUCUUAUCUUGAAAGUAACAGUUUUUUAUCUUUCUGCCCACCUUCCUGGUAGGAAAAUCCGGGAUCCAUCAAUAAAAUAGUCACAAAUUAACGGAUUCUCUGUUCAGCAAUGGCGGAAAGAAGACCUCUGGAACGGGUAGUUCGUCCAUGUAUAACAGACACAGUUGCAGUAAGAUUGGUGAAGACUUUGUAUGGAUUAACCACUUCCAGCAUCCACAAAUUGGAUGGUUAUGAUGACCAGAAUUUCCAUGUGAAGGUUCAGCCAUGUUCCACCAAUCCAUUUAUUCCCGAAGUCUGGCCUCAUGGUUACGUUCUGAAAAUACUGAAUGCCAUCGAUUCUGAAGAACCUGAACACGUGGAUGGACGAACUGAACUUUUGAAGCAUUUAAAUAACAAAAAGAUAAAAGUGGAUGGUGAGAUAAUGCAAGUCCCUUUGCCAGUGCAAAAUAUCCAUGGGAAAUACUGGUCCAGAGAGAAACUGCACAAUCAACUAGAAGAAAAUAAUAAAGAUACGAAAGGUGUUCCAUACGAUUACUAUAUUGUCCGCAUGUUCCGCUUUGUUCUUGGUACGACGUUGGAUCAAGUCCCACUCACUCCUGCAAUAUUAUUUCAAACUGGUAAGCUGUGUGGAGAGAUUAACAAGGCAUUAGAGGAUUUUUGGCAUCCCUCUUACGAACAAUGGGAUUCGAUCUGGAAAUUGGACAAUCUUCCAAAGCUGUCAGAAUAUGUCCAGAAAUUUGAUGAUGAAAGAAAACGGAGAAUAAUUUUUGAGGUUAUUGACACAUUUAAUACUGAAUUAUUAGACAGCUCCAUGGAUAUUACAAAAGGGAUAGUUCAUGGAGAUAUAAAUGCACAGAACAUUCUGACAAGAGAAAAUUUAUCUGGAGAUGAUGCAGAGGUUACAUACAGUCUAUGUGGUUUCAUUGAUGUUGAACACUCACAUAAUGGUUGCUACGCCUUUGAAGUGGCUAUUGGAAUGGCAUACAUGAUGAUAGAAUCAAAAGUCAUUGAUCCUCUGCUUGCAGGUGGGCAUUUUCUUGCAGGAUAUUUACAGGUUCGUCAACUUACCAGCAAGGAAAUGGAUAUACUAUGGAUAUGUGUUGCUGCUAGACUUGCCCAGUCAUUGACUUUUGGAUGGAAUGGAUACUUGAAGGAUAAAAGUAACGCCUAUUUCUUGAUCACCCAAGAAAGUGGCUGGAGGGUUAUGGAUAAAUUUUGGUCUACAAACAAAAAUGAGCUAUAUGCAAAAUGGAAAGAAGUUAUUGCAUCUUACAACCAGUAGUGAGGUUAACUUCUUUGACCAGAAAGACUGCUGUACUGUAAACAAAUUGAAAUGCAUUGCCUUUGGUCAUGUAAACUACUACUGAAGAUGAAUAUGCUUGCAUAUCACGGGGAAUGGUAUAUAGUCAAGAGGCUGAUUCCAGCAAUCUAUUUUUCACAUUAUUUUGUUAUUGUGUACAUUUUGUGCAUAACCAACAUCUACAUGUGUACUAAUCAUGCUAAAAGGAUCAGAUGAUUAAACAAUUUUAGUGCAAUAUUACAGCAUACCAGUAAUUAUUACAAAAUUUUAAUUACUUUCAAUUGUUAAUGCAGAUGUUCAGAAUAAGUAGCUGGCUCCAGGUUUCAGGUCCAAAGGAAUUCAAAGUUGCAACUUGAAAAUGCCAAUAAGUCUU